GCAAUGGAAAAUUACUUUGUAUGGGAUGGUUGCCCAACAAAGGGAAACCUUGAUGCUGUCAGUGUGGAAGAUGGUGUUGGGGAUGUGACAUGUGCAAAUCUUAUGUGUUUGCUUGAUGACCGAGAUAGAAUUCAGUCGUCAUGGGCCAGCAUAUCGGCGAGGAUGUUGUCUGGCCCUGCUUGCUGCCUUGUGGGGGCAGAACUUGGGGGAUUUUUGUGCAUCAUCUUGACGAAGGAAUGGUUAGGGUGUGGGAAGCAAAAUCCAAUGACGAAGUUGAUGAAGACUUGGUCGAAUGGCAAGACAAAGUUGCGAAGAUUUUGGUGACUUUACUGCCUUGGGGGAGGCAGAAUUGGUGUCUUCAACGGGGAGACCUUGAUGAUGGACAAUGCAGGGUGAAGAAGACAGAACAAUGGCAGAGAUGGGCUCUAGUCAUGUUGGGACCAAGAUGGGAGAGUUUCAUACCUAUGAUGAUGGAGAGAUCAUGGUUUAACUCUAGGUGUGAGGAUGCACCAACGAGAAACAUACUGCAUAGAAUUCAACAGCGAUGGAUUGCGGCAGUCUGGCAUAGGCUGAGAUGAAUUCGGCAGGAAGAGUUGAUUGUGGUACAAUGGACAAGUAUGCAGUAUUGCAAUGUAAUACUUGUGGUAUCGGGAAUUCGAGGCACCUUGACGAAGAGGACAGAUUGAGGUGAAGAAUUCGGCAACCAAGUCAUUGAGGGAUUUGGUUGAGGAGCUGAACUAGAUGGACUUAGUUUGGUGUGUUGCUUUGGAGGGGAAGCAUCAUAGAGGAGACAGUACCGUGGGGGUAUGUCUCAAAUCAUAGAGGAGACAGUACCGUGGGGGUAUGUCUCAAAUCAUAGAGGAGGCAGUAUCGAAGAGGCAGUACCGUAGGGGUGUGUCUGAAGAGUCUGCACAUGAUGAAGAACUGUCUAGGUGACAGAUUCAACAGCCGAUUCAAGUGGGCUCGGCUGGGAAGUCAAGAUUGUCGACGAAGAUGAUUUUGAGUGCUGUCUUGGAGGCAGUACGGGUGGCUAUUCUAUGCUUUGCGACAAUGGAUGGUUGCAGUGAUAGAAGCAGAACGCUAGUGGCCUUUGUUGAGAUACAGUGUUGUGAGUUUUCGGUGGACGAAACAUGCAGCGCAGGUGGAAAACAAUAGGGGCUAUUUUGCGUCAGCGAAGUCUUGUGGGGGUGAUGAAGUUUCGAGGGCACGACAGUAGCGCAUGGGGGAACCAGGUCAGACCAAAUUUUGAUGCUGGGAUGCUAUGUGUUUGUGCUAUGGUAGGUUGCAGAUGGACUGAGGACCUUGCCGAAACACUUCGACAUGAGAUGGAGUUGAUCAAAGGAUGGAGUUGGUACUAGAGCCAACUGCAGUGUCUCAUUUUGGUUAAUUGCAGGUGAAAUAUGAAACAGUUGAGGAAUGAUGGGUUCAUAUGGGAGUUCUUAUGAUUCUUUGGCGGGGGUUUUGUAUGGUUGUAUUUUGUGAAGGAAGGGACAGAUUCCUCGGGUGCUAGAUGGAGCAUCCAAACUUUGCGAAAACAUGCUUGCAAGUAUAAUGGGUUUAACAUUUGUGGAAAACCAACGAGCCAAAAACAGAACGUGUCACAGUUUGGCUUUGAAACAGGUUGAUGAAAUUCGGUGGAUAGAAUUGUUGUUGAAUGUGGACGAAGCCAGAGAGAGACUUCAUGGGGAUGUACAUGGAGGGUGACAAGGAACAGAUGCGGAGCAAAGGGUACUUCAAAUCUGUCCGACGAGGGCGUCGGGUUCUUUUGGUGGGGGUGGUUUGUUACAGUGUUAAAUGUGCACGGGGUGCACACCUAAGGCAUGCUGUCCAAUACCAGGCCUAAGGGUGCUGGCAGCCAUGCCAACGAUGGGAUAUAUUAGCAGCGCAGAUUUAUGCGGCUGUAAGUUUGUCAAAGGAAACAUCGGCAGCACAGAAUGCUAGGCUUGACGAUGGAAUGUCCAAGCCAGAAUGGAAGACUCGUCAGUGGCAUAGGCUGGCGAGAACUGGGGCUGUCGAGAAAUGCGGGGUAGCGCAGGAUGUUGACAAACAUGGGCUUGGCGAUGGAAUGUUCAAGCCAGACAAGGAAACUCGUCAGGGGCAUAGGCUGGCGAGGACUGGGGCUGUCGAGGAAUGCGGCAGCACGGAUUGGUGAUGUCUAUGGGCUUGGCGAUGGAAUGUCCAAGCGAGACAGGAAAACUCGUCUGGGAUAUGGGCGGACGAGAAUUGGGGCUGUCAAGGAAUUCAGCAGCGCAGACACUGGGAGCUUGCGCGCAGAUGGGAAUUCGGCAGCGCAAGAUUUGGCUAGCUUGCACGCAGAUGCGAAUGCGGCAGUGCAGACAUUGGGGCCUGCACGCAGUUGCGAAUUCGGCAGCGAAGGAAUUGGGGCCUGCACGCAGAUGCGAAUUCGGCAGCGCAGGAAUUUGGGGCCUGCAUGCAGUUGCGAAUUCGGCAGCGAAGGAAUUGGGGCCUGCACGCAGUUGUGAAUUCGGCAGCGCAGGAUUUAGGGCCUGCACGCAGAAGCGAAUGGGGCAGUGCAAGAUUGGACAGCCUGCACGUAGAUGUGCAUUCGGCAGCGCAGACAUGGGGGUCUGCACGCAGAUGCGGAUUUGGCAUCGCAGUAUUUGGCGACCGUACCCAGGGUGCGCGCUUAGCAGCGCACAAGAGCUUGCGUAAGUCAGGGGCUUGACUUAGCAAGAUCUAAAACUUGGACGAGGGACUGUCCAAGGCAUGUGGGUGAUUCAGCAGCAGAUGAAGCUAGGGCUGGCAGAUGGAGCUGCCAGGCAAGCAUGCAGAAAGUGGGAGCAUAACUGGGGUGUUUCCAAGUUGCUGAAAUCAUGAAGCACAUGGGGGGAGGAAGUUCUCCACUAUAUCCUAGAAAUGGGGAUAUGGGUGAGCCACAAAUGAUCAUGGGGAUCAUGGGGGAGUAAGUACCUAUUAUGUCCUGAAAUAUGGGGAUCAUGGAGGUGCCCUGUAGCUCACAUACUUGGCUAUAAAUGGUGAUGGUAAUUCUUUGUUGUAUAGGGUGAAUACAUAGAGAAUAGAAUGCAUAGAGAGGAAAUAACGUAUGUAAACUUGUUGGUGUAGCAUGCGAAUUCUGUGCAUAGCACACGUUGUGUAAUCCUUUGUUAAUGAGAUAAAUAAAGGUUGAGAGGUAUUCUUGUAAUC